CUGUAAAUGUUCGGACUGAAGGAGGACCGCCGGUUCGGUUUGUGCUCAGCAGAAGAAGCCGUCAGCUGCCGAGGACAGCGACUUUCUGUACCGUCCUGGUUCGAACUACAGACCGAGAAACAACAACGGAUCCUCCGCGACAGGACGGGAGAUGGACAACAGUAAACGGACGGUGGUCGUUACAGGUUUUGGGCCAUUUGGAGAGCACACCGUCAAUGCCAGCUGGGUAGCAGUACAGGAACUGAAGAAGCUUGGACUGGGAAGUGAAGUGGACUUACACGUGUAUGAGGUUCCUGUAGAGUACCAGACAGUCCAGAGUUUGGUUCCUUCAUUAUGGAAGCAGUAUCACCCACAGUUGGUAGUUCAUGUUGGAGUCUCAGGCAUGGCCACCACUGUCACAUUGGAGAAGUGUGGCAGAAAUCAUGGCUACAAGGGCCUGGACAACAGCAGCUUCUGUCCUGAUUCGCAGUGUUGCAUUGUAGGAGGCCCAGACUGCAUCAACUCCGUUAUUGACAUGGAAUCAGUCUGCAAAAGAGUGACUGCAUCGGGGCUGGGAGUAUCCGUGUCUGUCUCCAAAGAUGCUGGAAGAUAUCUCUGUGAUUUCACAUACUACACAUCUCUGUACCUGAGCCACGGACGCUCCGCCUUCAUUCACGUGCCUCCUCUCGGAAAGCCUUACAGCGGUGAAGACCUGGGCCGUGCGCUGCAGGCCAUCGUCCAGGAAAUGCUGGAGCUUCUGGCCCAGGCUGAGGAGAAGAUCCACUGCCAGCAGCACUUCCACUAAGUGACCUCCAGAUGCCAACCAGCCUCCCCAGCCUUCACCACACAAGAGAAAUUGCACUUAACCACAAGUAGCCAAACUUCUUCUUCUUCGUUUUUUUUAAACUCUUGUCUUUAAUGAAACGUCAGAGUGUAGGCAUUUUCUGUGUUUAUUUCUUCAUCGGUUUCUUGUUUUGCUAGGUCUGGUUCAGUUAUGUUUUAACGUCCGCCAAUGUGGAAGAGAUAAAACGGGAGUCCGAAGACAACCCUUACAUUGUAAUUUAAGCUUUUAUCCCAUGUCCAAGGAGCACGAAACAUUCUGGAUUUGGAGUUUAAGAUACAGAGAAAAAAGACUUGCUGCUUUUUUGUGUUCAUAUGCAGUCGCAGCAGAGAUGCAGAAAGUUUGUAAUGUAGCAGAUUUUAUCCCCAAAUGUGACUCCUAUUAGUGCACCUUAUAGGGUUAGGGUUAUUGAAAUGGUUAUAGAAGGCACAUUUGGGGGAAAAGUAGAAUCAAAAAGCUUUCUCCUCAAAUUUUACUUUUUAAAUUUCGACUUUUACUCAGUCACAAUAUGUUUCAGUUAGCGGGUGUUUACACCUGAAUGUCUAUAAAUGGUCAAUGGACGUAUCACAUUAUGGUUUAGUAGAAAUGUUUAGCAGUAAACUGUGUUUGCAAAUUUUGUUUUCCGACACAUAUUUAGUUCCAGCUGCUCUACGGCCCACCUGGGCUGUUUCACAUUUGAUGCUGAAUUGUUUCUUGAGUCCUUUUUCUUUAUAAGAAGUUGAAAAUUUGCCUUCUUUUACAAAGGUUAUUUAAAUCAGGGAACGGGUUGGUUCCAGCUCAUACUUCCCCAGUUUGUCUUGUCGGCCCAAUUCUGACAGAAAAAAAACCCAAAUCCACUCCUCCGAGGUCUGGCCCUGGGCUGUGCAAUGUUAUUUUACAGAUCUCAUCCGUUGAUGUAGUAGGAAAUUCCUGUCAUUGUUUUAUUACGGCUGCAUAACUAUCAGACAGUUUUAACUACAGACAUUUUCAUACUGCAGAAAGCAAAAUUUUCUUUAGAAGGAGGUGUUUAUAAAACUGAACUAAACAAAUAUACAAUCUAAACUGCUUAGCAAUUAAUAUUCUUUUUAAGUGCAAAAUGAGUGUUGGGUGUUGCGGCUAUAUUAGGCAGGAGUCUCCCAGAGUACACAAAGAUGUUGAAUUAUCCGCUAGUCUGGAUUUGUGGAUAGUGAAAUACACUGAGGCCUCCACUUGCUGUGAUACUCGAUCAGAUGUCUCAUGGUUUUAUCUUUGUAUUGGUAUUUGCAAAGGUAUUCUAUCUUAAACCGUGUUGAAUACUUGCAAAAAAAAAAGAAAUGCAAUUGAAGAACAAAUUGUGGUUUCUCGUUUCAUAGUUGUGCAGCCCUGAUUGUUAUCCCUCGGUAAAAGCUUUCUGUUGUUCCCUUCACUGAAUCAGAUAUAGCUGCUUAUUUUAUCUGAGAAUUUGAUUUUGAUGAAGCUGGACUCUGAUUUCAGUCAGAAUUGGGCCUUGAUUUUUUUUAUUUCUGUAGCACUUUCUCUGUUUUUGUAUUUCAGUUUGACUUAAUCUGGAAUCUAGACUGCAUUUCUCGAGCAAUGUGAAUGCUUGUGUUUUCUAGUUUUAUUUUCAGUCACUUUAACUUUAAAUAUGUAGCUUUUCACACAUACACGCAUCCAUAUAUUAUUUUUUUUUUUACCUUUUUACUCCAAUGAUUAUAAUGAUGUAUGUGGCGUAUGCUUUAUAUGUGAGUUAUGCUUUCUUUUCCCCUAAGCUUUGCUUUGUUCUGACCUGUUUAACACACAGCAGCAAAUUCCUUUACUGUGGCGACACUCCCAGAUGUUAAACUUCUCUUUUAUGGCUUUUUAUUGGCUUGUCCUCUGUACUACUGUGUAGCUCAGCAUCUCCCUGACUGCAGAUAUGUCAGGACAGCCUACACCGCCUAAUGCAGCUUCAUUGUGAUCAGUGAUGGAGGAAAUCAUAGCAUCAGAUGUUCUGCUUACUGCCUCUGUGAAUUCCACACAGCACUAUGUAUGGGAAAUACACAGAUGUACUUUUAAACUGUCAUAGUUAGUCUUCAGAUACUGACUGAGUACUGUGCAUAGUGCUGCCGUGUUGUUAAGCUAGUUGGUGCCACUGAGUUUUUAGCUGUGUGUGUUAUUUUCAAUGCUGUUCUGUACAAAAGGUUUUUACCACAAAGCAGCAUCACGGAGCACCGAGCCGAACGUCUUCUCAGACCUAAGUUUUGUAAUAGCCUUUAUUAUUUAGCGUAUGUCUAUGUUAUGUGGUUUAAAAAUCUCUGAUGGAGUUGUUGAACUGCUGGGCGUGAUUUGUAGGUGCUGAUAUGUUUCCAUGUGGCUUUGAGUGUUGAGAAGCGAAAGGGUUUGUAGAGGUGCUGCCUGCAGAGUUUCUGCUCACACAAACCUCCUGUUUAUGCACGAGGUGACCUCCGACCCCGACUCUCUCCUGUGCCUUGCUGUUGUUUAUGUGUGCUAUUAAAAGGCCUUACGAAUUCUCAGUGGGUCGGUUCAGAGACAUAUUACUGAUGCUGUCCAGUCCCAUUUUUGGCUACCUCAAAAAUACUUUUUUGUUGUUGUUUUUAUCUCACUGUGUGCUCUGUUGUACACUAACAUUGUGGCUCUGUGAUUUAUUAUGGGUUCCUGUGUUUAGGGAGGAUACACUGACAAGUAUCUUCUGCUUCAUUAAUAAAGCCCUGUUACAGUAAGUAAUCUCCGCGUUGUGAAAGGAAAGGCUUUGAAAUAAGGAAUUAAAGGAUUGCAAGUAAUA